AUACAACAACCCGAUCCUCUGCGUUUUGACGGAGAAAGAGAGAGAUCCACGGUUCCAUCUUCGUUGGCGAUUGUGCUUGAUAUUUGAAUUACAAAAUGCCAGCCACGGCAGGUAGGGUUCGCAUGCCCGCGAACAAUCGGGUGCACAGUAGUGCGGCCCUCCAAACCCAUGGCAUCUGGCAGAGUGCCAUAGGGUAUGAUCCUUAUGCUCCCAACAAGGAUGAUUCAAAGCAGUCAUCCCAUCAAAAGUCAAAUUCUGAACCCGAGGCUGAGAAUGCAUAUGCUAGCUUUCAAGGUCUUCUUGCCCUGGCACGUAUAACUGGUUCCAAUGCUGAUGAAGCCCGUGGGGCCUGCAAGAAGUGUGGCCGUGUCGGCCACCUCACAUUUCAAUGUAGAAACUUUCUUAGUGUAAAUGAAGAUGCAAAAGACAAGGAUCCCGAUGCUGUUCAGGCUGCUGUAGCAUCAGGGUUGGAUAAAUUGAAGGCAAACAGAGGAAAGAUGGAGACCAAGGCUGAUGCAGAGAGCUCUGAAGCAAGCUCAGAGGUGGAGGAUGAGACUGAGAGUUCUGAUUCUGAUGUUGAUUCGGAGAUUGAGAGGAUAAUUGCUACACGGUAUGGAAAAAAGGGUGGCAGCAAGUUGAGAUCAUCGAGUAAGAAGAAAGAGGCUUCACAGGAAAGCGGGUCAGAUUCUGGAGAUAGGAGAAAGAGAGGUAGAUCGAGAAAAAGGAGGAGCCACAAGAGGAGGAAUGAUGACUCAGAUGAUAAAGAUAAAAGUGAUCGGAAGAGGAAGAAGGAUAAGAAGAGGGGAAAUGACUCGUCAGAUACGGAGGAUGAACGUCAUGAUCGUCAUAGAAAGAGUAGAAAGGAGAAGAGUAGGAGGAGAAGUCAUCGUCAUUGUGAUGAUUCAUCUGAGUCUGAAGAGUCUGACAGAAGACGUAAGAGAAAGAGCAGGAGGGCAAGGUCGUUUUCUGAUUCUGAUUUCAGUGACUCAGACGAUUUACGGGUUGGUAGGGGCACAAAGCGUUGUCAGAAGAGGAACAAGGACUAGAAACCUCUCUUCAAGAUGUUCUAUGCAUAUGGGAGAGUUGUGUGUAUUUGCAAUGGAUCUAUGGUAAAUGUGUCGGUCAUGGCUAACAAAAAUGUUGCCUUUGCAGGUGUUGAAGUCUUGGAGGUGUGAACCUGGAGUUUUUGGUUCUAGAGAAUAUAACUGAAUCAGAGUGGAUCAGACUGAACUAGUGAGUGUUCUAAAUAAAUAAAAAUUGAAUUUAAUUGGAAACUG